ACCCUGUUGAGGACUAAAACUGUCCGUCUGUGUCCUCCAUACAGAAAGGUGUCUGGAGGACCACGAGCUGGUGGUUCAGGUUCAAGUCUCCAUGAGCAGCGACAGUAAAUUCCUCUUCAGAAAGAACUAUGCCAAAUAUGAAUUCUUCAGGAGCCCCCUGAACUUUUUUCCGGAGCAGAUGGUGGCUUGGUGUCAGGAGUCUGAUGGCUCAAUCUCUCAGUCACAGCUCUUACAGAAUUUUCUGAACUCCAGCAGUUGUCCAGAGAUCCAGGGCUAUCUGUACGUGAAGGAGCCUGGGCGCAGGUCCUGGAAGAAACUCUACAUGUUCCUGCGGCGCUCCGGCCUCUACUACUCCACUAAAGGAACAUCCAAGGAGCCCCGACACCUGCAGCUGCUGUCAGAUCUGGAGGACAGUAACAUCUUCACCAUCAUCACGGGACGAAAGCUCCACAACGCUCCCACAGAAUACCAGUUCUGCAUCAAGCCCAGCAAAGUGAGGAGCGACUGUAAGGAGCUUACUAAGAUGCUGUGUGCUGAGGACGAACAGAGCAGGACCGCUGGAUGA